UCGAAUAGUCGCCGACGCAGACGAUUCCCGCGACACACGUGUGGUGAGUGUCCACAAGAAAGCCCCUGACUGCAUUCGAGUGUUGCAUCACUGUUAAAGGACUUUAAAAAGUGAUGGGCAUUGAAACAUCAUUCUGAUUUUCAGAUUCUGAGCCAUCAGAAUGAAAAUUGGCGGGAAACAUAAAAUUCGAUUUUUUCAUUCAGAAUUUAGUGUUCGAUUAUGACAGAAUAAACUAUUCUUUACUGAAUAUAGAAGUGGAACGAACUUUGAAAUAGAAUACCCAAAGAAUAGUUUUAGAACUUAUUUGUUGUAAUAAAGAUAAUUCCGAACACAUAAACUGAUAUCAUAUAUGAAAUUUUUGGUUUGAGAGAAACACAAUCACACGUUUCUGGAACAUUUGUUUUUGAGUCCAUUUCCUUAUAAAACAGUACUUAAAUUAUAAAUGUCAUCCAUUAUAGAAAAUUAUUAAUACCUAGAUCUCCUCAAUUAUAAAAUAAAAUCAGAGUAGUGAAAACAACUCAUCAGUGACGGAGACAAUCGCUGAAAAAAAAAAGAAAGAAAGAAAAUACUCAAUUUACGAAGCUCAAUUGAAACUGCACAAACCACUGUUUUGCAGUGAAACUGAUUUCAACUUUUUGUUUGAAAUUUGAUUUAACGAUUUCUAAAAGAGACGUCAUCGCACGUUAUCGAAGAUGAUGAUACUGAAGAAAUUAAAAGAUGCCGCUGCUUGACUCCGUGUCUGACUGCCUACUUGCUUGCUUUGGGACUGAUGACACAAUGAGCGAAAUCGCUGACACAAACACACUCCGAUCAGCUUACUACAGGCCCGAUUUUUUAGCCUUCAUUCUCAUUGGUUAGACUGUAAUUUCCAGGCAGUGAAGUUCUGCAGAAUGUCUCCGAGCCUAGCGACCUGGAUUUCGUAACAUCGUUGCUCUAACCCUUUCGAUAUUUUCUGAAGUGCAUACAUAAAUUGGAUUACAGAUUCAAGAAAUUCCAAGGAUUCCCAAAGUUUGUUUGUGAACUGAUGGGGGUGCCUGACGCCCCUUUGUGACAAAAAUCUCGUCUGCUCCAUGGUAACUGCACCUCAACGCUUGAGAGCUCUUCGUACUCGAGUUUUGAUGAGGUUCCGUCCGCCCACCAGAUGGCGUUUCGUACGAGACCUGCUGCUCCUAGUUGUCCUCUUCACUUGCCUCACCUGUUACCUCAGCUACAUAGGCUCUUUCCUGCAGAAUACAGUGCCCACAGAUGGCAGCAGGUCGAAUGGCAUCGGGAGCAGCGCCCUCAAGCGGAGUAUUCUUUCCCAAUUGACGUCUCAGGACAAAGGAGCGGGUUUGAGUGGGAUAUCCUCCCCACCGAAUGUGCCGAACCCUCAGGCUACAUCCUUCGAUUAUCGUUUGGAGAGGCUCUUAGAAGAGAUCGAGAAUCAAUCUCUCCGAGCUCUCCGCCAACAACGCAAGUCGACUAUCGUCCGUGGUCAAAAGAAUGUGGUCACUCGAGACCUUCCCAUGUACCAGAAGGCGCUUGAGCGGCAUGGUUUCCAAGUUUACCAUCCCCCAUGGUACAGGAAGCAUAGGAUUGCAGAUAAGAACAGCACCGUCUACUUCGUCAUGGACAAGCCGGAAAAGUACCAGCUAAGUCCAGACGAAACGGAGCCUCACGAUUGGCUGAUGCUGCUGUGCAUGGCUUUCUCCGACGGGGACACUUCCUCCUGCUUCGACUGGAAAGAGCUGGCCAGUCUGCGACCCUUCACUUGGGUAAAUCGCAUUCCGGGCAUUCGAAAUGUACUGUGGCAGAAAGAUUCGCUGUGCACUACAACAAAUUAUGCCAAGAAAAUUCCUUCACUGACCAGUUUGCAGCCAGCUCCUCCCUGCUUCGUUCUGCCUAUGCAGUAUCAAGAAUUCGUCAAUGUGGCCGAAGCACUGGGCUACACGACGCAGUGGCUUCUGAAACCGCUGACAGCCAUUUCGGGCCCUCGUCUCGUCGACAUCUUCUCUCCCGUCGGACAGGCAGAAAUAGACGAGUUCAGCCGACGUCGUGCGGUGGCCCAGCAAAUGGUGACCAACCCUUUCAACGUGUUCGGACAACCGGUCAGCAUCCGCCUCUACGUCCUGGUGACUUCGAUGCUGCCCCUCAGAGCUUACGUCCACUCCCAAGGCAUUGUCUACCACCGUUACAACGAGAGCAAGAACUUCAAGAAGAUCCCCGGCAGGACUUGGCCUCUAUCCCAGUUCUGGCAAUACGUCUCAAAGAAUUACGGAUUCGAUGCCGUCACUUCAGCUAUACAUCACGUCCACCAGACGAUAGUGCAUUUGCUCUUGCUGGCGGAACUGUCCAUGAUGGCCAACCCCUCAGACGAUAUAGUUGCUGGACUUGGCAAUAGCAGGCGAUUCAAGUGUGUGCAUUGCUUCCAGCUACUUGGGGUGGACGUGAUGCUGAACGGCAGUCUGCGCGCAUCGAUCGUAGAGGUGAACGGUCAGCCGAGCGUCCAAGAGUCCACCAGGGACGAAGAGCUCUUCAUCAACAGCGUCAAGGAGGCAGUGGUUGACGACACCAUCGCUCUGAUCAUCUCCGCUACUUCAGUCGCCAACCAGCUCGCCAAAGCCAUUGCUCACGUCGCCAGAGAUCACAACAUGGGAAUCCUGGGAGUAAACUGCAGAGUCAGCCACGAUUUGUGUCUCAGCCAUCAAGAUCUUCUGUUUCUUCUCCAAUCCAGGAGAGAAGCUCUCAACUCCGGAGGUUUUAGGCAGCUGUAUCCAUCCGUCCAAGGUGACAUUUACGGGCCAGUCAUCGAAGAAAUUCAAGAAUAUUUAAAUGAACAAAUGAAAUCUUCAAAUGGAGAAAAUGCCUCUUCCCCAUAUAAAACAGCUCAUCUGCAUCAACUAGUGACCAGUUUGGAAAAGAUAUAUGGUCCCCAAAAGUCCUAUGAAAACUUAGUCGAAGAAGACAUGAAAUUAGGGGGAUGCUGCAGGAAAAGUAAUUUCUCGGAACCUGUUAAACACUGGAAUUUUGGGCGAUUUUCAGAUUCUAAAGAACCUUUUUUACCAAGUUGUAGUGAUGAUCCAACAACGAUGCCUUACUUGUCCGGAAUUUCGGUGUAUCCACCACUUGUCCUGAGUCCCCCCUUCAACCCACUGGUCACUGACUACGUCGCCAAUGUCAGCUAUGAGCAACUCAUGAUGAGUCUUUCUGCUCAGGCGCAAAACUGCCAAACAGAAGUACGGAUAGAUGACAAAUAUGGACCCACAAGAACUACAAAUUACACCCUGGGUGUAGGCGAAAAUCGGAUCAGUUUUCUGGUGGUCGACAUCACCCACACGGAGCCCUGGGUGAUCAACACUUAUACACUGGUCGUCCAUCGCUUGACCAUCACGCACGGAGAGCCACCUUUCGAUCCUUCCAUGCCUCACCAAGUCUGCAGUUUACAUCAGGAGUGCGAGAUGCGGGUGUCGCCCACCGAGUUGUGUGGAAUACAGCGAGAUGCGGGCGUCUCACGUGACUGGGUCUCUUAUUCGGAAGAAGUGGCGGGCAUGCCCGUUUGCAAACAGGGAGAUGCCCCAGGUCGUUGGGUUCUGCCGUGUCGAUCUUGUGCAGAGAGAAACACCUGUUUCUGGAGAGAAGCUGUGUGGCAACCAUACGGCUGCAGGCAUGCGGUCUUAUCCACUGAUAAUCUAAAGCGAUGUUUGGCUGGGAAAAAGUUGCUUUUUAUCGGGGAUUCUACUAACCGUGGCAUGAUGCAUUACGUGAUCGAACGGCUGAACGGUUCUCUGAACGAAUGGGACAAGACCCACGAUAUUCGAGUGUACAAGAAUGUGAACGAUGGGAGAACGGCUGUCAGUUUCGCUUAUUAUCCGCAAUUCUGGUUACCAACCAAUCAGCGGCCCGUCUUCGAUAAGGCACUAUACCACCUUAUACAAAAGUCUCGCCCUUUGAAAAACAACACAGACACUGUGUUGAUAGUUGGUGGCGUUCAGUGGUUGGCUACACAACAUCUGCUUAUGAUGCUGCGAGCUCUACGAGUUGAGCGACUUCAGGGUAUCAAGCUUGUGAUGAAGACCCUGGGAGCCGGAUUCCAUUUGCCUGUCGAAGGAGUGCACACUUUAUCCAUGGACGAGCAGCGAAAACUUUUACUGCACAGCAUGGGUCUAGCAGACUUCGCCAAGCAUUACAAUUUCGAGGUGAUCGACACUUUCAACAUAACCGUGCCAAGAUACAAAGAUUUCCUGCAGGGUAAAUGCGCUUGCCACUUUCACAGAGUUGUGAAAAUUCCGUCUGUUGAUGAUAAUUUUCCAAGAUGGCGGACCAGAAGAAACACAGGGACUGGUGGAAAUCGCCAAACUCGAUUCCACGUUGAAGGCCCAAUCAAUGCCAUUUACAGUGAAAUUUUGCUCAGUCGGAUUUGUUCCGAUUUCUACUUGGACACAUGAUUGCACUCUUCCGAUGCCUACAUGUGGCUCAUUAAAGCAAUUCAUUUUCUUUUUCAAUAGAGUCUUUCCUGAGGAAAGUCUGUAUACGUUUGAUACGUAUAUCUAAAAAAAAGUUCAUUAAGAAACCACGCCAAGAAAAGCAGCCAUUUGGCAUAUUCCGGAGGUUGGCGAUCUUCUGUUUCUUCAAGUUGCAAACGGCGCCAAAAAAAAUGAAUGUGUGAUUUCAAAGCGUGGUGAAUUCGAGAAUUUGUUUGAAGUGUAUAUUUGCGAGAGCAUUUAAAGAAAAUAUAAUACAGAUGUCAAAAGAAUCAUUUAUUUUGAUUGUUUUUCUUUUUAUUCAAUUUAUCGUUCUGUGGUUUUAGGGUAUAUUCAAGAUUGUUGGAAAAUUUCUGCAGCAAAUAAUUUUUUAUGAUUGUUGCGUCAAAAAUGGAAUGUGUUUUAGGCUUCGGAAAGGAGACAAAACAAUGAAAUUUAGUUAAAGAAAAAAUAAGUUAAAUUAUAUAGUUACCCCCAAACUUAUAUUGCCACAAUUUGUGACAUUAUAUUUGCAUUUCAAUAGGAAGUGGAGGAAAAAAUUACUUACGAUUAAUGGCAUUUAAAGAAAUAAAAAUUAAGCGAUAAAUGGCAUUUAAAGAAAUAAAAAUUAAGCGAUAAAUGGCAUUUAAAAAAAUUUCUGCAGCAAAUAAUUUUUUUAUGGUUGUUGCGUCAGGAAUAGAAUGUGUAUUAGGCUUCGGAAAGGAGACAAAACAAUGAAAUUUAGUUAAAGAAAAAAGAAGUUAAAAUAUAUAUUUAUCCCCAAACUUAUGUUGCCAUAAUUUGUGACAUUAUAUUUGCAUUUAAAUAGGAAGUGGAGGAAAAAAAUUACUUGCGAUUAAUGGCAUUUAAAGAAAUUAGAUAAAAUUGUGAAUUUCAUUGAUUUAUAAUUAUUCAUUAAUUAAAUGUUUUAAAAUGAUUAUACUAACGAAAUAUUUAAAAAUGGUAAAUUAAUCGAGUUGGCAGAAUUGUAUAUUUUUAAUUACUUUUGUGCAUAUUUUAAGAACAAUAAAAAUUUUCUUUUUUUUUCAUUACUUUUUCGUAGGAACAUUCUGCUUAAAUUUGAAUGUUCAGGCAUUAAUUGGGAAAAAAGAAUUUUUUUUCCACACAUGUUUUAUUUAAUUCUUUCACAAUUUGUAUUUCUAAUCUAUUGUAAAACUAAUCGCAUCUGAACCAUUAUGAGAAAAUUAUGGUCGUUUAAAUAAUAAGAGAAAUUCCGUAUUUUGAGAGGAUAAAUUUUGAAUAAAAAUCAUUCCUGAUUCAGAAUAAUCUUGACAUAGAUAUUGUAGUCUGUUAUACCAUAAGAAGUCGACAAUUUUUUCUUUUUCGUGGAAUAAUCUUAGUAUUAUAUUUAGUUUCUCGAAUUUUAAAAUUUCAAAAUAUUUUAAAGAGAUUGAAAUCUUUAAUAAUUAUCCAAACCGUAUGGAUUUGAAAGGAGUGACACAAACAUUCAGACCUUUUGUUUUCAAUCACUUCAUAAGAAUUCGACGGUUUUGUCCUUUUCAUGGAAAAGCUUAAUAAUGAUUUUCGUUUCCUCUAAUUUAAAAGUUUCAAAAUUUCUAACUAUUAUUAACGAGGUUGAAACCCUAGUAAUCAUCUUAAUCAUAAAAGGUAUUUAAAACCACUCCAAAAAUUUUCCAUUGACUUGAAAUGUACCCAUUAUUAUACUUUUUGUACAUUUAUACGUAUUUUAAACAGGGAGUGUCGUGUCAAAACGCACAGUGAAGAGAAUAACUGUACUUUCUGUAUGUAAAAAAAAGUGAUAACAUAUAACGCUUUUUAAUUGUAUAUGAGUCAGUAAGAGGUUUAUGUAUAGUUAUAUGCUUUUCAUUAUUCUAUUUUGCUUUAACUUAUUUUCUGUGAUUUAAUAGAGUUUAUUUUUGGUACGCAUUAUAUAAUAUGAAUGAUGCGAUGGUUACAAAUGCAUCAUCAACUGUAUAUUCCGAAAUAUUUAUUUUUAUCUUUGUUAUUAUGUAAAAAGCAUCGACGGCAUUUAUAUGUGGUUUGUCAAUGUGCUUUAGCUUGCCUUGGACGACAUACUUAUGCUUCUAGCAUUAAUUAAUAUAUAUGCUUAGUUGUUACUUAAGUCACUUGAAGUUUUUAAAGGAGGUUAUAUUUAUAAUUAAACUAGCCGCCUUUAACGACCAGCCGAUUCGCCAAUCUUAAUGUUCGUUUAAAUUUUAAUAAUUAAAUAUUUUACGCAAUUCCAACUUUAAUAGAUUCUUCAUCAAAAUAUUUUAAAAUUCAAAUUUUGAUAGUCAUAUAAUUCACUCAUAAUAUUAUAAAGACCUUCAGUUAUAACGUAAUAUGUUUCUCUCUAAUUUUCUGUUACCUCUCGUAGAAUUUAUGCUUUAAAUUAAAGUGGAAAGAAUUAAUCUGCAAUUAAUAUAAUAAUAUUUUUUACUGAAACAAAACACUUUUUUAUAAUAUGAUUACUGAAAACAGAGUCACUGAGCUUUUAAACUUUAUGGGCACUAAAUAAUAUCUUCCUUAAUUUAUGUAAUAUCUCAAGAAUUUGUCAACAAAUUUUUCUCAGAUUCAUCAUGAACAGAUCGAUUCAUUAACAAUGUUUAAUUUUAAAUGCAACAAACACUCAGAAAAUAAAACGAAUCGUUUAAAAUAAUCGGUUGAAAACAGGUUAAAAAAACUACUUAAAAAACGAUGAACUUAAAACUAUAAGCGUAUACAAAAAAUAUAUAUCUAACAUAAAUACAAUUUAAUUACAAAAACAUGCAACUAACCUAAAAAUAAUUUAAAUCAUCCGUUGAUAAUGAUUGACAUGUGAACAAUCAGAACACAAUGCGCAUGCGUGAAUUUUCAUCGCCAGUUACGGUAACGCAAAUGCGUGAUUUUUUCUACGCCAGUUGGGGUAACGCUAUGCAGAUUAUACAUUUUUAAUUUCCUUUAUUCUGUUUUAUUUUAAUUCAAAAGUACUUCAGAAUGAAUCUGAAAGAUCGAUUCAUUAUCAAUGUUUAAUUUUAAAUGCAUCAAACAUUAAGAAAAUAAAUAGAACCGUUUCAAAUAACCAGCCGAAAAAUCUUAAGCCUAGCCUCAUGACUGUUGGGAAAAAAACUGAAGCCGUACUCAUUUGGCGUUGGGGAAAAUGAAAAGUUUUUUUUGGCAGGAAAGUUAGUUUUUAAUUAAUAAUUAAAAUUCUAAUUAAAAAAUUCAAAAAAGGGCUAUCCUAUCUUUUAAGUUAGAUGAAACUGCACACGGUGUGCAAAUUUGAUUAAAAUCGGUUGUUUAGGAGUCCAUCGCGGACAAACAACGUGACACGUAAUUUAUAUAUAUUAAGAUAUUAGUCUUAAUUUCAUAGAUAAUCUAUAUUAAAACUAAUAUAUUUGCGACGUUGAACUACUUCUUCGUCCACAGAUUACAGUGCUUGCAUAGCUUAAUUAUAAUUCUGCUCUUUUGCUCUAUUUUAAAAGUUAAAAUUAUGGUUAUUGCAGUAAUCUAUCGACUAAUUGAAAUUUGUUUCAUAACCAGUUUUAUAAUUUGUAAGAAAAUUGAAGGAAAUUUCAGUUAAUCACUUGUUUAUUGUCCAUGAUUCCUCGAAUUAAUAAUUGCUCGAAAAUUAUUCAUACUGUUUCUGAAGCAGAAAGGGUUAAACCAGGACAAUGACAGCACAGCAUAUUUGAAGUGAAAAUACUUUUUUUAAACGUAUUUUAAGUUUUACUUUUUCGAAACUUUUAACUACCAAAUCGGAUCUGCCUUUUUUCACACUAAAAGAACAAAUUUUUAGUUUAAAUUUCCGUUAACGCUGGUUAAAAAUUAUACCACAAAACAUGUUCACUUUUCUCACUAAUUAUCUUUAUCUGAAUAAUCGUUUUAUAACAAAUGAAGUCAUUAAAUAAUACAUUUCAAACAAGAAGUCGUUCGAAUAUUAAAAUGAAAUUUCCAAAAGGACUGACAAAAAUCUAUUUAGGAGGAGUGUGAAAGGAAAAAAUGGUAUUCAAAAAUUGUCAAUUUUUGAGUUUUUUUUAAUGAUUAAAGAUAGCUUGUCUCACUUCGCAGGUCUAAUAACGUCAUUUGUCCUUUUUUAUGCAUCAUUUCGGCAUGUGCACUUAUUGAUUCUCUGUGCAAUUCUAACUUGCCAGAGAAAAACAAUUUGAAAAAUUAACCUGUCAAAGGAAAACAAUUCCAAUGCGAGUCGAGAUUUCCUGGAGUGAUAUAUAAGUGUUCAUAACCAAACUAUAGUUUUAGAUUAUGAUUUUUAAUCGAUUUUAAUCAACUCCUUAAAAUUAUUGAAAUCUAAGUAAAAAUAUAUGUUAUCAAAAAAAGUAUAAAUAAAUUGAUAUGAAAUAAUCGCCGAGAGUUGCGUUAGCUCUAAUGGAGGAAUCGCCAAUGUUCAAAUUGAAUAAUCUUUUAAAUGAAGUGAAAAAUAUUUAUCUACUAUUUAUUACUUAAAUGUAUACAGGAAAAUAGAUGUAAUAAAUUUCAAACCCAAAAAUUAAUGAAAAUCCUCAGAAAUAAACAACUAUCACGGUAAAUGAAGUAAGUAAAUGGCAUGAAAAUAUCUCAAUUUUUGAAAAGUAUUUAUCUACUAUUUAUUACUUAAAUGUAUACUACAAAAUAAAUGUAAUAAAUUUCAAACUCCAAAAUUAAUGAAAAUCCUCAUAAAAUAAACAACUAUCACAGCAAAUGAAUUAAGUUUUCCGAAAAUACCAUAAAUUAUCUAACUUUUCAGACAAAAAAAAAAAGGCAGUAUUGAAGCAUUGUUUGCACAAAUUCCUGACUAUUUUGUUUGCAUUGAUGCAUCCUUUCCCUAAGCUAAAUUUAUAUUAUAAAUAUUUUUUUUCUUUUGCUUUUGUUCUUUGAUUAAAUAAUAGCAAACUUGAGCUUCAUCUAGGUAAAAAAGCAUAAAGUGUGCUUUACAUAUACAUAUCUGAAGCCUAAAGCAUUGACAACUCACUUGUAAUUUCGUUGACAAAAUAAUAUGUACUUAAAUUUAUGUUUAUAAAAGUACAAGAUAUUUUCAACCAUGGUGACACAAUUUUCUAAAUAAUUAACCCGUUAUGAGCACACACAGAGAGAGAGAGAGUAUUUGGAUGCAAGGAACUCCGUUGAUGAUUGUAAAAAGUAUGCAUGUUGUAUUUUAAUUAAUACAAAAGAUACCAGAGUGUUGUAUUGUAAACUUUUUGUAUCCAAGAUACGUGAAUUUAUAUAGUGGGAUAACGAAUCCUCGGCAAAGAAAUGAAUGCAUUUGCCAAACUCAUUUGUUGUUACUUAUCAUAUGAAUAGAGUUUAACAUAGAUUACAUCAUUUUGAACAAAUUUUAUACAGAGUUCUGUAUAAAGUGCGGCAUAAUUUUUAAAAAAAUAUGCACAAAACAUGCUUUUAUUGAUAUUCUAGUUAGGUAUGUAACAUUUGUGCAGAGAGAAUGUAGAUUGCAUUUGAAAAGUUUGAAGAUGUUUAUUUUUCAAAAUAUUUAUUAAAUUAUCAAUACUAUUUAAUUAAAUCAUAUACUUUAUUAGAUUACUCACCAAUUUUUUUAUGCACUUUGAUAUUUUUCAUUACAUGUUUAAUUUUCAAGUAUUUGUGCAUAUAUUAAUACCUUGUUUGUGACUCAGAUUAACUCAUAAUAGCUCACACUACAUGGUAAUAAUCGUACUGCUGAUGCACAUGCGUCUAUCCUUAGUGCAAAGUGUGAACGAUUUUUUUUAACUUUAAUAAGCGGGUGGAGUUUUUUUUUCCGAAAACUUAAAUAAAAUUACUCUAAUUUUUAAAAAAUUUCUAUAAUUUUUUUUUGCGUCUGGUAUAAUAAUUUUUUGUGAUUAUAACCACUUGUUUGAAUUUUCAGAACUGUAAAAGAACUUCUUUGAUACUUAUUUAAGCCCAUCCACUUGCCAAAGUUGAAUGAGUUCUCGCCAAAAGUCGUAACCUAACAAUUUUUAAUGCAACCCAAAAAUGUUUUUUCAACAUUUGUGACCGUCUCAGAUGGCUGAUAUUUGACAUACUUUUGAACUAUUAGUAUGCGAACAUUAAAGCAAGCAUUAUUUAAGAAUAUAAAAUUACAUUUUCUCUAAAUGCAUAUCAAAUGUACUUCGUGAAAUUAGUAAAUUUACAGGUAACGAUGAAUCCGGAAAAAUGAAUGCUUAAUUUAAUUUAUUCUGAAUUCAUAGAAAUGAAGUAUAAAAAAAUUUCCCAAACAAAAUAUCCUUGAACUUUUCAAAUGCAUUUCCUAGUUAUUGUGAAUAUACUUAGAAUUUCAUUUAUAAAAUUUUACGAUACAUAAUGUAAAUAAAUACAUUUAAAGACUAGAAGCAUAUUUAUGUAAAUCAUAUUCAAGAGAAAUAUUGAAAGUUGAAUUGUAUUUUAUGCUGUAGAAUUUUAUGACUAGUUGCAAAAUAUUCAAUGACUAAUUAUAAAAAUUAUGAAGCAGUAUCCUAUAAUUUAAAUUUAUUUUUUUAAUUAUCCCUUUAAUAUAAAUUUUGUCAUUUGUUAUAUGAAAUUGACUUGACCUAAAUAUAAAAAUCAUGAUAAUAGAAACAUAUUGCGAGUUGAAAGUCUUGUAUUAUUCGUAAUUUUUAAAGGUUUCUUUUUUUUUUCUAUUUAUAAUAUUAUAUUUGUUCAGAAUUGUUUCGUCAUUGGAUUUCUGAUUAUUACGUAUGCAACCAAAAAGAAUCGUAGUUGAAAUUUUUUGAAUAAUUUAGUGAGUUUUCACUUUAUUUUCCAAAUUUUAUUUAAUUUGUUUUAAAAUUAUGUUACUUUAGUUUCAUACUAUUUAUACAAAUGUUACUUUGACUGUUAGUAAUCAUUUAUAAAGGCACUUCUAAUUUUUCAAUGAUAAGUGAGCUAAUUUAGGUUCAGUUUCCUAAAGAGUGAUUUAACCGUUCAGAAAAAUUCAAUUAUAUUAGUAUUGAAUAUUAAGUGAAAUUAUAAAUUUUAUAAUAAAUUCCCUAAUAACACACAAAUAUUGUACUAUAUAAAACGAUAUGACGCAAUAUUGUUUAUAUCGAAACAUAUUGUACAAUAUCAUAUAGUGUGCUAAUUACGACUGAGUUUGUAAACGUAUUUGAUUUUUAUUUUUUUGAAAUCACGCUCAAGAUUCAUCAAAGUUACACGUUUUCUUACAAGAUAAUAAACAACAAUUUUCUAUAAGAUAUCUUAGCGCUAGCCCUUUCCACUAAUUGCUCAUUCACUUCUCCCCCACCCCCACCCCUAUAAAUUUUGCCUUCUCUAUCCACGGUCAAGUUAACUAAAAUCAUCCAUCUCACUGAAAUUAUCGAUUUCUGUUGAAAAUCUGUCAAAUAUAUUUAUGAUAUGAGAACUGAGAGAAUAAUUAGAUAUGUUGCUACAUUUUGCACGCAAUUCGUUCAGUUAGAAUAAUUUCAGCUUCAAAUCUCAUUAAUUCGUCAAUCUGUUACAGAUAUUUUUGGUGACGGAUAUAGGGAGAUUGUGUUCCUCAAUUAUAGAAUUACAAAAAAUAUUUUUUUUUCCUUGCAUGAAAGAUGUUCCAGUAUUAACCAAUAAGAUUGAUGGGUUUACUCAAAUUAAAAUGAAAUGACGAACAAAGUAAUGAGAUGUAUAAAGCGGAGUGACGAACAAAGAAGGAGCGACGUCUUAAAUGGAGUGACGAUUAAUGAGAUUUGAGAGUAGAUUACUUUUCUUGUGUAAAUCGCAACGGCGCACGAUUGUACCUAAAAAAAAAGUGUCAAAUCUAUUCAUUCCGAAUUUCGACCAAAGAGAGAGCCGGAAAAUUUUUUGAUUAGACCUAAGAGGAUGGUACUAUUUUGUCGCCAAGUACACAAUAUUUUCGCCAACUGUUAAAUCUAACACUGAUUUUGGCGAAAUGUUAUUUGAAAAAUUGAAGGUGGCGGCAGUACCGUAUUUUUAAGUCUAACCAAAUCGUUUUCUGAGCGUGGAGCAUCCGUCUUAAAAACACCUAUAGUCCAGUAAUAGCACGGUUUCAUUGUUAGUCAAGUAGAUGAGUUACAUUUGUAAUGUAGAAUACUGUUGGUGAUUGACAAAGUAGCAUUUUGUAAUGCAUAUAAUACAUAUAUAUACAAUGUUGCAUUGCUGAAUCCAGUAUUUUGAGAUUGAAACCCUUUCAUAUUGUGAUUCCUGAGAACUUAUCCUUUGCUACUUUGAACUGAGCAUUUUUAAAUACUUUCUGUGCCUUAAAAAUUUUUAGUUUCUUGUAACCUGUAACAAUGCUGUUGGAGAAAAAAAAUGCUGAUGUACUUUUUUAAGAUUUAAAAUAAAAACCUGCGAAGAAAUGUAAAUUUUGCUCGCAGUGAUGCUAUGAUUGAGUUUUGAAAAAAAAAACCUAUUAUUUCUUAUGGAAAACCAAAUUAUUAUUAGUAUAUUUAAAAAUAUUAUACUAUUGUUCAGAAUUAAAAAUUAAAAAUCAUCGGUUAAAAAAGUCGUAUUGGCUAAAAAAAAGUCGUUUUGCCUAUUGUAAAAAUUGGCUAAAAAAAAGUCGUUUUGCCUAUUGUAAAAAUUGGCUAAAAAAAGUCGUAUGUUAAGAAGUUAGUACUCUAAUGCAUCGUCAACGGAUGCCAAGACGACAUUGCCAAUAAUGAAUUGGCAUCCAUUGGCGAUAUAAAAGGAUUGUGACUAUUAAAUUUCCAAUUUCCUACAUUACUAUGAGCGACGAAAUGUGGUAUGAAUACUUGAAUAUAUCUUGUUCGAUUGAUAGAAAAUGAAUAUAAAAUGUUAUGUAAUAAUGCAAUUAUUGAAUAUUAUGAAUAUUUAUUGUAAAAAGUGUGUGUAUAUCAGAUGAUAAAAAAAAUGCAAAUUAAUGUGAAUCAAUGUGUACUAAGUAAAAUUUUAUUUUAUUUAAUUUAUUUAUUUAUUUUUUAAAUAAACCCCGCCUCUUCCAGUAUACUUAAGUCAUAUUCCUCUUGUUAUUUCAAUGCUAAGCAUAUACAAUUGUGUAUUAUUUAUAAAGUUGUAUUAUUAAAAUAUGAAUAGCUAAUUUUUUUUUAAAAAAAUGUAAAAUUUUGCUAGUAUUGCGCUAAUUAUAUUAUAUGUAAAUGUAAAUAUUCAAAAUGUGAAGAUUCAAAACUCAAUUAUGGCAUACUCAGUUUUUGAAAGAUUGCUACCACAAAUUUAAUUAAUUAUUAUAAAAUCAUGUUUCCCAAUAAAACCUUAAUUUACUAAUAUAAUUUAUUUUAAUUAAAUAUUCUCUUUUGAAAACCUUUAAACUGUUUUCAUUGCUACCUUUCUUUUAUUUUUAAGGAAACAUGCCAUCAGAAGUCAUAUAUCAUGAAUUUUCUGAACACAUUUGUGUUGAACGUUGAGGUAAUAAUACAUUUCAGAUUAAUAAUUAAUGAUAACAAUGAAUAAGAUUUAUUUGUAAGUUUGCAACACAAAAAUUAAGUUUAAAUUCAAUUCGUAAAUUUUAGGGCAGAAUUACCUGUCUGAACUUGAUCCUUGCUUCACGAAAAUCCAGAAAAAAAUUUUAAAUUCAAUUCGUAAAUUUUAGGGCAGAAUUGUAAAUGUUUUGUGUGAUAAUUUUUCGAGAAGAAAAAGAGAAUUUAUGUACAGGGAGAUUUAGAGAAAAAUUUAUAUCAGGAAAUUUUUUAAACCCCUGCAACUGUAACAAUUUUUAUUCAAUUAUAUGACAAUUUAAAUUAGUAUAGAUUUGAAAUGAAGUAAAUAUUGAGUCAAAGGAAAUACAGAUAGUAUUUUUUUAUUCAGAAUUUUUAACGUAGUCGUUCAGAAUUUGAUGCUGUAUAAGUUAUCUUCACAAAUAUUAUUUCAUUUAAGUGAAAGUUUUGCUGUAUAGAAAGAACAAUAUGUAUAUCUAAAAUGAAUAUUACGGCGUAUAAUCUAAAACAAAUCGACUAGACUUGGGCUAUGUCCGAUUGCCUAAGGUUGCCUUUAGGGUGAUUUUUCGCCAAAUGCAAUCCUAUCAAUUUUUAUUACAACCCUAAAAGUAUUUGUUUUUGUUUCUUUUAGCCAUCCAAGAUGAUGGGCUUUUGGUAUAUUUUCGAAUGAUUGGUGUGCGUGUUUUUUCCCCCAUGCUUGACAAAAAAAAAUCGAACACUAAUCUUAAAUAUUACCUCACCAAUCAUUUGAAUUCGAAAUUGAAGUACGUCAGUUUAUUAACCUGAAAAUAAAACAAUGAUAGAAUAAAUCAUAAACCAAAGCGGAACAUUUCCACUAAAGUCGCUAUAGAGCAGAAAUGUAAGAACUUUUAUAUUUUUAUUAUUAAAUUUUAGUGUUUGGCUUUAACGUACAUAAAAAAAAACUAUAAAACGAUGGCUUUGCAUUUAAUAUUAAGCAUUUCAUUUUGUUAAAUUCCGCUUCGUAGAGUUCUCAUUGUAAAUUUUAAAACAAAUGAAACUUACUAUUUUAUUUUGGUGGCAAUCUUUCAAAUGCGCAUGCACGCCUUACGAAAGUAUAUCACAGCUUUAAAUUUAGUAUCCUUUUCCAAAAAAUAAAAUUGAAAUCGGAUCCCCUGUUACCUGGUAUAUGAAAAUGAAAUGUUCUUUCUCAUUUGAAUGCACUGGCACAAUCAGAUACUAGUGACCAUUUUAUUAUUCACGCCUCAGUGCUUUUGCAUGCCUAUGUACAAACAUUUAGUGCAAUAAAGAAUCGAUUUAUUGAUUGUUUA